AUGGGUAACCUACCCGUUAGAGAAUGUGUAACUAAAGUUUAUAAAGCUGCUCGUGAUGGUUCUUCUGAUUUGGAGGAUCUUUUAAAGCGGCUGAAAACAACUGAGCAAAGAAAAACCGCUUUGGAAACAAAAACUAAAGAUGGCAGCCAUUUUGUGACUCCUCUCAUCAUCGCUGCUCACAAUGGACACCUGAAUUCUGUGAAGAUUCUUCUGCGAUAUGGGGCAGACAUCGAGGAUCGAGGAACGGUUAAGAUAGCUGACGAAGUUGUAAAGGGUUGUACACCUUUAUGGGCCGCUGCUGCUUCUGGUCAUCUUGAUGUUGUUAAACUGUUUAUUAACAAAGGAGCCUUUAUGGAUCUGCAAGACGAAGAUGGCAACACUGCACUUCAUUACGCUGUGAAAGGGGGGCACUUAAAGAUAGUCAGUGAGCUUUUGGCUCUUGGAGCAUCACAACUGCCAAAUGAUCUAGGUUUAACACCACUUCUUUAUGCCUGUGAUGAAUGUUUCAUUGAAAUGGUGGAGCAUAUUAUCAACAGACCGGAAUGUACAAAGGAACAGAGAAUUGAUGCUCUUGAACUUCUUGGUGCCACCAUUGCUAAUAAUAGUUCUGGUGACUCUGAGAAAGCGUUUAGUUAUAUGAAACGUGGGAUGGAGGAGAGGUAUGAAGACCCGGCACAUCCAUUGCUUAAAAAGAAAAUGGAACCUGUGGAAGCGUAUCAAAAUAGAAAAGAGAGUCAAACUCUUGAGGAACUUGCUCUUUUAGAAGGUGAUGAUCAUGCUAUCGGCAUGGAAGGACUUCUCAGCGAAGAGAGAAUCCUUGGGUCUGACAACCUAGCAAAUCUGCGAAAAAUCCAUUACCGGGCAUGUGUUUUAGCUGACUCUGAGGACGAGCUUUGUUGUGGUUUGUGGCAACGUAUGUUGGAGAAGAAAAUGAAGAGCGAUGUUGCAAUAACACUAGAAGAUCGUACAGAUUUAACAGCUUUCUUUGGAUUUAUGGUACAAAAAGGUAUACAUUUAAAUCCAAAUUUGAUUGAAGACUUUUUCGAAGCACUGGUUGCUGCAAGUGAGAACUCGCGAGAGGAGCAUGAAAACGAGGAGCAAGAAAAAGUUCUUUACUGUGCUCUCUAUCUUUUGAUGAUAUACAUCAAAGUUAAAGGUCAAAACGCCAACAUGACUGACUUUCUACAAAGAUUCUUGCGUUUAAACCCUCGAACCAAUGAUGGAAAUACUUUACUGCACUUAGUUGCAUGGCAUGAAACCCCAAUUUUUUCGUAUGGUGAUGAAGAAAUAGAAGACAUGAUGCAAAGUGUGUGCAAGUUUCCAUGUGUUGAGACCAUGAAGCUUAUUUUACAUGCAGGGUGUGAUGUAAAUGCCGUUAACACCGAGGGAAACAUACCUCUCCAUCUAGCUGUGACGUUCAAGCCUGCUGACCCUGAAGAAGUCGUGAUUUUGUCAGAAAUGCUGUUGUUGUUGUUAGAUAUCGGUGCAGAUCCAAAGCUGGUAAACAAGAAUGGGAAAACACCACUGCACAUCUGUGAGACUGACGAGGCUCGUAGAAUACUGUCAGAGAAAAGAGGACUGAGUGCCAUGAACGUCGACGUCGGAGAUGUAAGAGAGGUUUAAAUGUUAACAUAUUAUAAUUUUGUAAAAUUAUUUCUGUCACCUCUGUCACGAAAUGAGAAGAGUACUUACUUCCGUGUUCAAUGUUGUGUUUAUUAUAAAUCCGUCACACUUGUCUGCCCGUCUCUAUCUGCAUGAUCUGGACGCCUGGAGAAAGAUUAAUUUCCAAAAUCGUCUUUUCGAAUGAAACGAUCCAUCACAAUGCCGUGAUAGCCACAAAAGGCAUAUUUGGUAGUAGCAUGUACAGAAGCCACCUAGAUUAAGCUAUAUAAUAUAGCAAGCGGGCGCGCGUGAAUGUUCUAAAGCGGCCCAAUUGUUACUCCGGACAAUUUACUGACUAUAGGAACUGUUAUGAACCAUUCGAUUGACGUUAGCGAAAAAGAAUUCACACUGAAUUCAAAUUUUUCCAAAUAUAAGACGUUCAAAGAACAAAUUAAACUGAAACACUAACACAUUCUUUGUAAAUCUCUUUUGCAGGCGAGAGAAAGGGAGUUUUCCCAAUUUCCUGUUUCAUUUCCCCUCGCAAUGUCUCCGCUAUUUUUUGCCCCCUAGCCCCAAACAGAUCAGAGCCUGUUUACCAGGCUACAGAAGUGCCAUAUUCCUGAGGGAUUUAUGACAGAUCGUGGUUUAGAGGUGGCUAAAAGAAUCGUUUAAAUAGUUUAGGAUAUAGUACGUUUAUUGUACUAAAUUACUUUGGUAAUAAACAUAUCUGAGGGGGCAUGUCCUUUUCUAUUCCCAAAGGCUGGAAAAAUAGAAAGUGGAACUGAUCAGAGGAGAGAAGGAGGAGGAUCUCUUACUGGAACAGUAAAAGAUGUUAAUGAAAACACGCAGAAGGAGACUGAAACAAAGGAAAUAUCAGGUAUAUAAGAGAAUCAAGGGCCAUUGUGGCUCUUGAAGAGAGUCUAAUUAAGGGAUUAAUAGACCUUUUUGCUGAUACGGCGGCCAUAUUGAACUAAUUCGAUUUAAAGAGUAUUAUGGGGGGCAUGAGCACGAUCAGUUGAAAUAUGGUCUUUCACUGUAUAUUUCUCGGGAAAAAGGCCAUCAAACACGGAAACCUCGUUCCCAGCAUUCUCUCCUACCCGCCCUACCCGUAGGGUGGUAAGGAGAGAACCCUGGGAACGAGGUUGCCAAACAACGGCACAACGAUCUUUUUUCCCAUUACAAUCUUAUUCUAAGAAAGCUUAAAGAAAAAAUUCCUCGAAAGGGGCUCGUAAAUACUAAUAGGAUUGUGCUCAUACCCCCUGGGCAUCCCACAAUACUCCUUAAAUCUAACUUAUUCAAUAUGGCCGCCGUAUCGGUAAAAGGUUUACUGUUUAAGAAGAAUAAGUGUACCCUGGAUAAUCAUUGAGCUCCAUUGAUGAGCCGUUAGGUGCCAGUUCAGGUGAGGUGUAAAGAGAGAGUAUAUUUCAAACAAAGGGACUGGGGCCAAUGGCCCGAUAUGGCGGCUCCCUCAUCGUUCAAGGCGGUAGAAGAUAUUUGGUCUGUUCUCACGGAUGGACAUAAUAUAUGGUAAAAAAAUAAACAAAACCAAAACCCAAUUUAAAAAAAAAAAUGAAUUUUGUAUUUGUAAUAAAUGAAAAAUAAGGUAAACCCAUGACAGUAAGGCCAAGAGAAAUACAAGAGAGGGGAAUGAGUACCUAAUAUUAAGCACCACACUAGGUACAUUAUUACCUAGAGAUCGUAACUCUUUCCCCUUGAAAUGACGCAGCUGUAGAAGAUGGAUCCCAACCUCUCGGAGUUGGUAUUAGAGUGAGGGUGAGAGAGGGAGGGCGAUUGUCUGUUUUUGCUCUGUGGGACAAUAAACUUAAAACGGCCUCCUUUUAUCCUUCUUAAAGGACAAUUCAGGGAGUUGACACAGCGGUUGGAAAGUAUCCAAGAGCAACUAAGACAGAAAGACGGACAACUGAGGGAAGUGACACAGCAGUUAACAAAUGUUCAAGGGCAACUACAGGAGAGAGAUGGAGAAUUGAGGCAGAUGACACAGCAGUUGACAAAUGUUCAAGGGCAACUGAAGGAGAGAGAUGGAGAAUUGAGGCAGAUGACACAACAGUUGACAAAUGUUCAAGGGCGACUGAAGGAGAGAGACGGGCAAUUGAGGCAGAUGACACAACAGUUGACAAAUGUUCAAGGGCAACUGAAGGAGAGAGAUGGACAAUUGAGGCAGAUGACACAACAGUUGACAAAUGUUCAUGGGCAAAUGGGAGAGUUGACGCAACAGUUGACAAAUGCUCAAAGACAGCUACAACAAAAAGAUGAAGAAAAUACCACCAUGGGGGAACAACUUAGGGAAAAAGAACAAGAAGUGAAUGAACUGGAAAUAUCUCUUUCAACAGCUCAACAAGCGUUAAGUGAACGUCCACGCCAACAGUCACCUGAUUGGGUCAUUUCACGUGAUCAAAUUCAGCUGACAGAGAAAUGCAUUGGUAAAGGCGGCUGGGGAAGUGUUGUCGAAGGCAAAUAUUGUGGCUGCACUGUUGCCGUGAAACAGAUUUACGAGGUGCUUCUGAACCUUUCCUCUCAUAACAGAGAAAUGUUUGAGCGGGAAAUGAGCAUUGCUUCAAAAUGCCGCCAUCCUUGUUUGCUGCAAUUCAUCGGAGCAACAAACGAUGAAGGAAGUCCUUUGUUCGUGACCGAGCUCAUGGAAACGAGUUUGCGAAAAUUGCUGGAGCAGCGAUCUCUCUCUACAACUGAAGUGGUCGUUAUUUCUCUGGAUGUGGCUCGUGCAUUGAAUUACCUGCACCAAAAGAAACCACGCCCCAUCAUCCACCGCGAUAUCAGCAGCGCCAAUGUGUUGCUAUGGCGACAAGAGGACCAAUGGCGAGGCAAAGUGUCGGAUUAUGGUGCUGCUAAUUUCAUGCAACAUACCUUGUCAGUUUGUCCAGGUGCUGCAGUAUAUAGUGCUCCUGAAGCGUUUACUAAAAAUCAGACUGUGAAGGUAUGUCGUCUGCUAAACUUAAUCUCCAAACAAAGAGCCCGUUUACAGGCUAAUUUAGAAUAUUGAAUCCCUGCGAUAUACCGAAGGAGAAAGACCCAACGGCUAAAAAAAUGCAUUUUAUGGCUGUGAAAAAGUAGAGAAAACGUUCUGGUUUUGUGAUACAGGGAUACUUAUUUCUGUCAAAAAGGUAUAUAAAAGGGUAAGGAGUUGGGCCUCUGUGGGAUUAGCCCUUAAUCCUCUUCCUUAGUAACCACGCUCGACUGAUAUAUCGUCCUGAUGUAUUGUGUGAUAAGUUAGUGACCUUAGGCCUUGAUCGUCUAAUCAUCUAGAAUCAUCAAAUAACACAUCCUUGAAUGUUAUACUUGCCCUCCACUCUUCGUUUCGCGUGCGAUAAUGGCACAACCUCUGGGUGGAGUCGCCGGCACAAAACUUUGCUUAGUAACCCCCCCUCCCACCCAAGCAGACGGUCUUGACCAAAGAUGUGAGUAGUUGGGUAAACAGUGAAAGAUUUUAGUGGUCGAGUUCCGUCGUCGAGUGCUGGGUGGAAAAAAGAAUGGUAUAUAAAAGAUCUAUUUGUGGUUUUACAAUAAUCUGAGUCCUCUUUAGGAAGAAGUCCUUUGCCCUAGGAUUAUAUUCACUAACUUUGAAAGUGGUUUGCAUUUACAAAGGAGUCAAAUGAUACAUCAGGUGAUAAGUAUUGGUGUGGAACUGAAAGUGUUGUUAUCUAACUGUAUUUGUAUUUUUAAUUGUUAUCGUCUAUUUUUCGUCUUCAGGUUGAUGUGUACAGUUUCGGUGUUCUCAUCUGCGAGAUUUGCAUCGGGAAACUACCAAAUCCUGACAGGCGUACUGAGCAAGUCGCCAUGGUGAAAAACAAAGUGCUAAGAGCUCUCAUUCGUAGAUGUUUACAAGACAAUCCUCAAGACAGACCUAGUAUGGAAGACGUUAUUGGUGAACUAGAAAAACUAGUUUAA